UAGGGGUGUCUUUUGAGUUGCCUGAUUGUUGCAAGAGUACUGGGCCGCGAAGCUGCCCAAGCGUUGCCUGAUAAACAGGAGUAUAUGGAAACUGUGAGAGGCCGUGUUUGUAUGAUCGUGAUGAAGACCCCAACCUGCACUUUAAUCUGCAUAAGGAGCGUCACGCACUGCGCAUCGGACUGAAUACUGCCUCACGAGAGGAACAUGCCAAUGACAUGUGCAGCGUAUGGAUGCAAUAACCAUUUUUCCAAGGGAUGUGGAAAACAAUUUUUCAGGUUUCCUAUGAAAGAUCCAGAGCGGCUUUCCAAAUGGGUUGCAGCAAUGAGGCGGAAAAACUGGAAACCUUCAGUCUCCAGCCGGAUCUGCAGUGAUCACUUUACAGACAAGGACUACAUGCUACGUCCAGGAGCCAUGAUUCCCCGAUUACGCCUGGACGCUGUACCUUCUGUCUUUGAUGGGUGGUCCACACAUUUAAAGGAGCGGGUUAAAAGGAAAAAAAACACAAAGAAAUUAAAGAAUGAAGCAGUAGAUGCCAGUGAUAUGGAGAUUCUGGAUAAAGAGCAGACAAAGCAGAACAACGAUGCCCAUUACAGGCCGCCGGAUGACAGUGCAGCACCGGAGAGUCUGAGCUCUGCUGUGACAAUUGGAGUCUGCACACAAGAUCUACAGGAGGAAGAGCAAACUGGAGCGAGUGACACAGGGAAUGAAUAUUGUCCUGAGAAGAAAGACGUGCAGUUGACCUGUUCAGUGCCGGGUUGCAGUAACCAAUUUUUCAAAACUAAAGGGAAACGCUUUUUCAGGUUUCCUAUGAAAGAUCCAGAGCGGCUUUCCAAAUGGGUUGCUGCAAUGAAAACGAAAAACUGGAAUCCUUCAGUCUCCAGUAGAAUCUGCAGCGAUCACUUUACAGACAAGGAUUACGUGCCACGCCCAGGAGCCAUAAUACCCCGAUUACAUCUGGCCGCUGUACCUUCUGUCUUUGAUGGGUGUUCCAAACAUUUAAAAGAUCAUGUUACAAAGAAAAAAAUUACUAAGAAAAAAAAGAAUGCCGCACCCGUAGAAGAGGCCAAUGAUACAGAGAUUCAGGAUAAAGAUCAGUCACUGCCUGGUCAGACAGAUCAAAGAGAGAUGAGCGCCCCCUGCAGGCAUUCUGGUGAUAGCACAGCAGCUCAAGACUCCUCUGAUGCACCUGCAGUUUCAGGGACAGAAUUACAAAGAAAAACUGAAAUAAGAGUGAAAAGUCAAGAGAUCAACUGUUUCCCAGAGAACAAGAGAUUUUCAGUAAUGUGUGCAGUGAAGGGCUGCAAAAAUAUAUUCUACAAAGGAAGUGACAAGCAUUUUUUCAGGUUUCCGAGGAACAACCCGGAACUGUGCACCAAAUGGGUAGUGGCGAUCCACCGUAGAGACUGGACACCUUUGGUGAGAAGCAGAAUCUGUAUCGAUCAUUUUACAUGCAAGGACUACACCCUGCAGCCAGGAGCAUUGACUCCGCAACUCCACCCGCACGCUGUGCCAUCAGUUUUUCAUGUAAAAAGCAGGAGUAGGAAUUCCAUCCUGAAGGCAGCUUGCGAAGAUCCAGGACCAUUGAAGGAGAAGGUGCACGAGAACAAGGAAGUGCUCAGAUUUGCUGACCACACAUACUCUGCAGCAUAUCAUGUGAUUAAAAACCCCACUCCUUGCUCAAUUUCUUCUACUGUUAUUCUGAGGAAAAGAAUCAAAACUUUACAAAGACGCGUACAAAGACAGAGGCACAAAAUCAAAAACCUGUCUGAGAUAAUUGAACAGUUAAGGAACAGCAAUAUGGAUGAUAACGGGACCUGCCAACUGACGUUGUCAGUCGUGCAGUAAAAGUAAGGAAUACUUUGUGUAGUUUUGUUUACAAAAAAGAACAAAAAAAAAAAGUUUUCUGCUAAUGUUAUUUAUUUUUUUAAUUGUCUUUAUCACAAAAAAUACAAUGUGGCCAACAAAAAGAGCAAUUACAUAAAUUACCAUAAUGACUGUUAAAGAGGAGCUCCCACCAAAUCUGUUUAUUAGUAGCAUCAGAUUAAAAAUAGCAUUUUCAAAA